AUGCUAGAGGGAAAGAUGCUGAGCAUAGGAUAUGAUAGACAGAGAGAUGCUGCGCUGAAAGUAGAAUAUGCUAGAGGGAGAGAAGUUGAGCUGGGAGUAGGAUAUGCUAGAGGGAUAGAAGCUGAGCUGAGCGUAGAAUAUGCUAGAGGGAGAGAAGUUGAGCUGGGAGUAGGAUAUGCUAGAGGGAGAGAAGUUGAGCUGGGAGUAGGAUAUGCUAGAGGGAGAGAAGUUGAGCUGGGAGUAGAAUAUGCUAGAGGGAGAGAAGUUGAGCUGGGAGUAGAAUAUGCUAGAGGGAGAGAAGCUGAGCUGAGAGUAGAAUAUGCUAGAGGGAGAGAAGUUGAGCUGGGAGUAGGAUAUGCUAGAGGGAGAGAAGUUGAGCUGGGAGUAGAAUAUGCUAGAGGGAGAGAAGCUGAGCUGAGAGUAGAAUAUGCUAGAGGGAGAGAUGCUGAGCUGAGAGUAGGAUGUGCUAGAGGGAGAGAUGCUGAGCAAGGCAUAGGAUAUAGUAGAGAGAGAGAAGCUGAGCUGAAAGUAGGAUAUGCUAGAGGGAGAGAUGCUGAACAUACUGUAGAGAGUGUACACUAG